CGCCUCUCCUCCGCGAACGUGAAGUGUGUUGACGCACUACAUUUAUUCCGCCUCGUACAGUACCGGCUGGUCACUUUCUACCACAUUUCUCCUCCUCAUUUAAAGGUAACACAUACCAAAGACUAUGAAUAGUUUAAUUAAAAUCACUGCGAGGUGUCUGCGGUCAGGGGCUCAAGCCUAUCUGCCAAGACCAGCCGACGGACGCACUUGGUCGGCCCCGGCCCGGUUCCUGUGCGCGGACGUGAAGAAAGACCUUGGUGAGAUUGUGAAGAAGGACAAAGUGGUCGUGUUUAUGAAGGGGACACCGGCUCAACCCAUGUGUGGCUUCAGUAAUGCAGUUGUUCAGAUCCUGAGGAUGCAUGGGGUAGACGAGUAUGCUGCGUACAACGUGCUGGAGGACCAGGACCUCAGACAAGGAGUCAAGGACUUCUCAAACUGGCCCACGAUCCCUCAGGUUUACUUCAACGGAGAGUUUGUGGGAGGCUGUGACAUCCUGCUCCAGAUGCACCAGAAUGGAGACCUGGUGGACGAGUUACAGAAGCUGGGCAUCAGCUCUGCCCUGCUUAACGCUGAGAAAGAAUCUAAGUAGAGGAAGAGGAUAAACUCCAAACCACUGACGAGACAGAGGACACACAUUUAUCAGGUUAAAUCCCCCUCCCCACUCAGAUGAUCGCAGAAAAAUCAACUCACAAGGCAGUCAUGGACAAAACGGACUCACCCCCUCCGGCAAAUACGGCACAGCAAGAGUGCAGAUGAAAUUACAAGGAGCAGCAACUGCAUCACGAGUCGUGAACAUCCACGCAUCAUCAUGUUUCAUACAUCAAAACAACACAGAGUGCUUUACAGAGCUCGAGCUGCACUGCUUUACUUCACAGCAUAUGCACCUGGCCAGCAAGGACUAGAAUCUAGAGGGAAAUAAUGUGUCUGCACAGAGAUCCAAAAUCAUUUUUACCUGACUCAUAUCAAGGUUUCACGUCUUCUCUGUAAAUCUGUAAUCAAUAUUAUUUUGCUAUUUGGGGGUCACAGGUCCAAGUUGCUAAAAACCGCACUGACAUAUACCUUUUAAGUUGAUAUCACUAAGUUGUCUAUUCCUAACAAUAUUCACAUUUAUUAAAAAUAUUCUGCUUCAGUAAUGUCAGCCACCACUAGCUGCUAGUUGCUAUCUGUGCUGUCUUCCACUUGGCGCUUUGCAGGUAGUCUACACUGGGUGUAUCAUCUUCCUUCAGCUGCAAAAAAAAACAAGACACCUAAAACAGUCAAGCUAUGGACCAGUUUGGUGACAUUUCCCUUCUUUCACAUCACACUCACAGUCAUUAUGAUCUGUUUCAAACAUGAUUUACAGAUUAAAACCAGCUUUAAUAUUUCCUUUUCAAUGAACACACGGAGGGCUCUUUGAUUUUUACACUCCUCCUCCAGCAUUUUAAAGGGUUUUCAUAUUUUUCCACUUUUCACCCCUCAUCUCAUACCUGCACACUCUAAUCACCAUAGUUACAGGAGAUCAGUUUGAAAACCUUACCAGCAGGCUUUAAGUGGUGAAUACAGCGAUGAUGAUCAGACUCUAUCUGCACUGUUAGUGAACUCAUUAACAAUGAAAUUUUAACUUCUACUGCCAAAGAGAGACUUAAAGGUUCCCUCUCUGGGUUUUGAUUAGGUAACAUGAGCGCUUCCAGCCUUUAUCAUCUUUCCCUCCUAACAGUCCUGCGACAUCUCCUGGUCACCUUUCUCUGUGUGUGUGUGUGUGUGUGUGUGUGUGUGUGUGUGUUAGACCAAAUGAGCCUCAGGGUGUGAAAAUGUGUCAUCAUACUCCAAACAGAAAUGCACUGCCUGUGACUUGAGUACACAAAAAAGAGGGUACAAUACUGCUGUUCAUACAUUAAAGCUGACAUGUGACCUAUUCAACAAAGAAUUUUAACAGUGGAGGGAUCUACAGACACGGGGGUCUGUGUAGGUUCUCAGUCAUCCAGGUCAGGGUAGAUUUGAAGCUUGAUCCAAAGCCAACUGGACCUUUGGAACAAGCUUCGAAUUGACAGAGACCGGCCGACCUCAUUACACACACACACAUCAGUAUGACUUUGAUGGAACCAACAUCAGUGUCCCUUAUUUUUAUUUUCCUGUUAUGAACCACAUACAAAAUGUGUCCUCGUGUUUCUAACUUCUACACUCGCUGAAACACAACAAACUCACCUUGUUACCUUUCUCUCUCUUUCUCACUUGAUGACUGAUUUUGCAGCGAAUCUGGACAAACAAGAGACAAGCAUUUAUAUUUGAAGUUUGUUGCGUCAGUCUAAGUCCGUGGUUUUUUGUUGAAUUGUCCGUUUUUGUAGGGGUGGGGAGUGUUUUUUUUGUGUUUGAAGUUCUCAACGAGCCUCAGAGACUUUGACAUCUUUGAAUCCUAGAUUUUCCUCCUGCUGCACACAGUUGUAUUAUGAAAGCGAUGGUCAUGUAGUACACUGUAAAGUAUUGUACAUUGAAAGCAUAUUAUUAGCCACAUGUAAACCCUGCACCAAUUAAAUAUUUUGUGACACAAA